UCGGCGACUCUGUAGCGGAGACGGAUCGGUGUUCUUCUGUCGCUGCUCUUGUGAUAUCAGUCUGCACAUACUACAAUGUGAGUGAGCUGCACUCCUGUCCGGGUAGAGCACGGCUCUGCUCCUCUGGCCGCAGCUAUGAGGGUUCUUAUCGGAGGCGGCAGCGGGUUCAUUGGCCAGUCAUUAUCACAGUUACUGAAAAGCAGAGGUCACCAAGUCACUAUCAUUUCCCGACAGCCGGGACAGCAGAAGAUCACAUGGGCAGAUGUCUCCAAAAAGGGUUUGCCACCAUGCGAUGCAGUUGUGAACCUUGCAGGAGAGAAUGUACUUAACCCACUUAAGAGGUGGACUGAGGAGUUCAAACAGACGGUUAUUGCCAGCAGGAUUGAGACUACACGCACUAUUACUCAAGCGAUUAGCCAGUCUCAAAACCCUCCACACACUUGGGUGGUAGUCACUGGAGUAGGAUAUUAUCCACCCAGUCAGACCCAGCAGUAUUCUGAAGAUAGCCCUGGUGGCAAUGCAGACUUUUUGUCCCGCCUUGUGAGAGAUUGGGAGAAGGCAGCUGAGCUGUCUAGUACUAAGGACAAGCCUCUUACCAAGCUGGUAAAAGUGCGAACCGGUGUUGUUUUGGGCCGAAAUGGUGGUGCCCUUCCUACAAUGCUGUGGCCCUUCCGGUUGUGUCUUGGGGGUGUACUUGGUUCUGGAAAGCAGCCGUUUCCUUGGAUUCACAUUGAAGACCUCUGUAGACUCUUAUGUCACACAAUUGAGCAGGAAGAAAAUGUUGCUGGUAUCCUGAAUGCAGUGUCACCCUCUUCAGUUACAGAUACCAAUACUGACUUCACAGGUGCCCUAAGUAGAGCCCUGGGACGCCCUGCUUUCCUAUUCACUCCAGGCUUUGCUGUCCAAUGGCUGUUUGGGAGUGAUAGAGCUCCAAUGCUACUUGAGGGUCAGAGAGUAGUCCCGCAAAGGACCCUGCAAAGUGGAUUCUCCUUUCAGUAUCCAGACCUUGACUCUGCACUUGCUCAACUUUUGAGAUAAAAAUCAGUCAUACCAUU